AUGCCCGCCCCUACUACCACCCUCCUCAUCGAGGGUUCUUUCACCGAGCUCGCCGACGAGUUCGCCCAGUACAUCGACGCCCUCCGCAAAGAGGGUAGCCUCCAGUCCGAGAUCGCCCCGCUCCUCGAACCUCUCCGCCAGCAGGAACAGUCUGAGGCUGAAGCCGACCUCAAGCAGCGCGAUGAGGUCCUCAAGAAGCUUGUCGCCUCCGCGACUGCUUUGAGCGCUGCUCCCGAGAAGGAGAUCACCUCGUCUUACAAUCUCCUGGUUCACCUUGUCCACCAGUCCUCCGAUGCCGAUGUGUUCCUCCCUCGCAUUUGCACUUACCUCGCCAAGCCCAUCACCACCUCGCCUCAGUUCGGUGCUUCGCUCGCCAUCUCCAUCCUCUCCACCAUCUUCAACACUCUGUCCGCCACCGACUCCAGCCGUUACCAUGUUCUCUUGGCCAUUGUUGCCGUGAUUCGCCAGUCCGGUUCCGGACUCGCCUUUGAGGCCCUCAAGCCCCAGCUCUCUUCCCAGCUCCCCACAUGGCUCGCCUCGUGGGAGUUGGACUCCGAUGACACCCGCAAGUUGCACGUCGCUAUCGCCGAGGCCUCGACCGCCGCCGGUGAUGAGGAGCUCGCUCAGUCCCACGUCAUCCAGGCUCUGCAGACCAUCGACCCUGCCAACGUCAGCAAGCCCGAGUCCCGCGACCUCGCUGUGCGCGCUCUCGCUACCGCUCUGCGUCGCCCCACCGUCUUCGACUUUGCUCCUCUCACUGCCACCGAUGCUGUCCAGGCCCUGCGUUCCAGUGAUAGCACCCUCUUCGAGCUGCUCGAGAUCUUCACCUCGGACACCCUCGACGCCUACGAGACCUUUGUCUCCGCCACCCCGCUCUCUUCCAUCUCCGGCGGCGUCCUCGCUGAAUCCGCCGAUGCUCUGCAGACCAAGAUGCGUCUCCUCACUCUCACCUCGCUGGCCGCCUCCACCCCCUCGCGCUCGCUCCCCUACGCCUCCAUCGCCUCCGCUCUGCGUGUUCCCUCCUCCGAUGUCGAGAUGUGGGUUAUUGACACUAUCCGUGCUGGUCUCGUUGAGGGCAAGCUCUCCCAGCUGAAGUCCGAGUUCCUCGUUCACCGCGCUACCUACCGUGUCUUUGGUGAGAAGCAAUGGUCCGAGGUCCAGGGCCGCCUGAUGGUGUGGCGCCGUUCCCUCGAGAACGUCCUCACUGUCAUUCGCUCCGAGCGUGAGCGUUUCGUUCGUGAGGGCAUUCAGUCCGCCGCCGACCAAGAAGCCGCCAAGGGUGACAAGAACCGCACCGCUGACCGCCGACGGAACCAGCCUACACGCGAGGUUGAGGUUUCCGCCGAGUAA